UACCUCAGCACCAUUGACUUUGACAUUAUGUUGUGUGUCAAGACAAAAUUUUUCUGAUAAAAAUUGUGAAUUGUGUUAUUUUUCAUACAAUUUACAUUUUAAUAACUAACUACUGACAUUCAAAUUUAAUUUUUAUUAUAGUAAUAAAUAUAAUAAUACAUGCCAUUAUGUAAAUUUCGUUGAACGGUAAACUAAAUAAUGGGUGAUUUUGAAAUAAACGAGGCUCUAGCCUCGUUAGAGAUGUUGAUGUCGGAGUUCUUUGCGCCAACUACAAAUAAUUUCAGAAAAAGGGAAAUAGAAAAUAUGCUUGAAAAUUUUUCUAACGCCAGAGAUUCUUGGAAACACUGUUUAUUUUUUCUUCAAAAAUCUCAAAAUCAAUAUGUUUUAAUGUUUAUUCUAACAACACUAGAAAAAAUAAUAAACAGACAAUGGAUCAGACUAUCAGAUGAUGAAAAAACAGAAAUUAGACUUAAUUUAAUGAAUGAACUUAUGACCAAACAUGAAGUAAUGUUAUACUUCAUCAGAAACAAGUUAGCUGCACUACUUGUCUCCAUAGCUCGUUAUGACUGGCCUCAUUUAUAUCCAGACUUUUUCACAAAUAUUGUAGAGUUGUUAAAAUGUGAGGGUCGUCAGUGCAUUGUUGGCUUGGUGUUAGCGCAAGCAGCAAGUGAAGAGUUGGGUGCAGCUCGAGACACUGGAGUACUGUUGCCAUCUGAAAGAAAGAGUCAAUUAGAAAGACUUAUGCUCAAAGGCAUGCCACAAAUGUUAUCAGCACUAAGUGCAAUAUUGGAAAAAAAUGCUCAAAAAGAAGGUCAAUCAAAUCCUCCACCUUCGCCAACAAGUGGUUUACCACAAACAUCAGCAUUACCUGAUUUAUUAGCAAAUGCUCAUGAUGUACAUUCGACAGACAAAGCACUCAAUAUGGAAAUUGUUGUUAAAUGCCUGACAACACUACAGCAUUUAUUCUCAUGGUUGCCACUGUCUUCCCAUGUACCUCCUUCACUUGUCACUACUGUGUUCUAUUGGGGCAGUAUAGCUACACAGUCACAGAGCACGGAAGCGGCGCUGGCGGGGCUGGGCGGCGUGUGCGAGCUGCUGUACCGGCGGUACGCGCCGCCGUCGUCCGCCGCCACCGCGCUGCGCCUGCAGCACUGCGCGCUGCGCCUGUUGCGCCACCUGCAGCACGCGCACCACAUGCUGCGCGUGCACCCCGAUUACUUAAAUAAGUUAGCGGAGUUCCUAAAGUUGUUUGUGUCCCUGCAUUUUAAGAGACUUGAGGCUGAGCCUGAGUUUGAUGCUAUAGAAUUUUUAUCAUAUUUAUUCCAGUACACAUUCCAGGUCCCCACAUGUGCUACAUUUGUAAGUUGUUUAGAUAUAUGGAUACAGUUUAUAGAUGUAUUGAAACCCGAAGACACUCCAAAAUACUGGGAGGCGCUUCAAGCUUUAGUUAUCAGUGUAUUAAAUAAAAUACAGUUCCAGCACAAUAAAUCGCAGUUACAGCACCUCGACAAUGAUGUCUGUGAUGAUGAUGGUGAAACUGAAUGGCAAACAUUCUUAAAACAUUGUAUAGAAUGCAUCGCUCGAGUAGCAGAUCUGGCGCCGUUAGAGGUGUUUACGGCCGUGAUGGAGCGCUGGCAGUGCCUGGCGGACGUGCAGGCGCGCGCGGCUGCGCGCGGCGGCGCGGCGGGCGAGGCGGAGCGACUGCUGGCCGCGCUGCUGGACCUCGCCACGCUCACGCGUCUGCUGGGCCGCCUGGCGCCCGCGCUGCUCGCCGGUGAGCUAGCUUGUGUGUCUCCUACGAGUGUUGUGCUGGCCGCGCUGCUGGACCUCGCCACGCUCACGCGUCUGCUGGGCCGCCUGGCGCCCGCGCUGCUCGCCGGUGAGCUAGCUUGUGUGUCUCCUACGAGUGUUGUGCUGGCCGCGCUGCUGGACCUCGCCACGCUCACGCGUCUGCUGGGCCGCCUGGCGCCCGCGCUGCUCGCCGGUGAGCUAGCUUGUGUGUCUCCUACGAGUGUUGUGCUGGCCGCGCUGCUGGACCUCGCCACGCUCACGCGUCUGCUGGGCCGCCUGGCGCCCGCGCUGCUCGCCGGUGAGCUAGCUUGUGUGUCUCCUACGAGUGUUGUGCUGGCCGCGCUGCUGGACCUCGCCACGCUCACGCGUCUGCUGGGCCGCCUGGCGCCCGCGCUGCUCGCCGGUGAGCUAGCUUGUGUGUCUCCUACGAGUGUUGUGCUGGCCGCGCUGCUGGACCUCGCCACGCUCACGCGUCUGCUGGGCCGCCUGGCGCCCGCGCUGCUCGCCGGUGAGCUAGCUUGUGUGUCUCCUACGAGUGUUGUGCUGGCCGCGCUGCUGGACCUCGCCACGCUCACGCGUCUGCUGGGCCGCCUGGCGCCCGCGCUGCUCGCCGGUGAGCUAGCUUGUGUGUCUCCUACGAGUGUUGUGCUGGCCGCGCUGCUGGACCUCGCCACGCUCACGCGUCUGCUGGGCCGCCUGGCGCCCGCGCUGCUCGCCGGUGAGCUAGCUUGUGUGCCACCUACGAGUGUUGUGCUGGGAUGUACGAGUGUGUUCGAGCCCCGUACUGAGCGCGCGAGCUGGUCCCCAGAGGCGGAGGGCGCGGGCGCGGCGCGCGCGCAGGCGGCGGGCGCGGCGCUGCUGGAGCGCUGCGCGGGCGCGCUGGCCGGCGCCGCGCUCACCCGCCCGCACCGCGCGCUGCCGGCGCCGGCGCUGGCGCGGGCGCACGUCAUGCUGCACGCGGAGAUGUUCGCGUGCAUGGGCGCGUGGAGCUGCUACGCGGGCGAGGUGCGCGCGGCGCCGCACACGCUGGGCAGCCUGCUGGCCAGCGCGCACAUCUUCCUCGUGCCACACGACGCGCCCGAACCACCACUACUGUGCCACGCAGCUGCUCACCUGCUGCUCAGUAUGUCCAAGAACGUAAAGUUCGUAAAUGACCCUAUGGUCAUGUUAAAUGAUCUGUACAACCACGCGCAACGCUCGCUGCAUUAUCUAGAGCCAAAGACUGCUGGCGUUGUCCGCGAGGCGCUGGUGUCGCUGGCGCUUGCCCGUGGACCGGCUGGCAGCGCGACCGGCAACGCUACCGGCGGACAUGAAGCGGCGCGCGCACUGCUGGCGGCCUGGUCGGCGGCGCUGCCAGUGGCCGGCCCCGCCGUCGCGCUGCCACCUCUCACUGCCUUGCUACACGCCUUCGCUGCAGCUCCCACUGCUGCUAAGAAGAUAAUAGCCGAGGGCGUGUCGUCCGCGGCCGAGAGCGCGCUCCGCAUGCUGUGCGAGCCGGCGUACGCGGCCGCCGAGACGGACAUCACGGACUUCUUCCUGGCGCUCUUCACUGCCCUGCUGCCGCAGCUCGGGGCCUUCGCUUACACUGCGAUCGACGUAUUCCUGGAGGUGGCGCAGAGGGACACGGGUGACAUCUCGGGCAGCCUGGAGCGGCUGGUGGAGUGCGUGCGGCUGGGCGUGGAGGCAGGCGGCAGCGGCGUGCGCGUGCCCGCCGUGCUGCAGCUGCUGCACGCACACGUGCUGCCGCGGGCCGACCCCGCGCCCGCGCUCGCGCGCGCCGCGCACCGUCUGCUCGCCAGCGUGCUGAUCCACCGCUGGCGCUACUUCUUCCCGACGUCGGUGGAGGGCGCGGAGGGCGCGCGGCGCACGGAGCAGUUGCGCGGCGCACUGGCGGCGCUGGGGGGCGCGCUGCUGGCGCAAGACAUCGAGCUGUUGCGUGCCGCGCUCGCAACUAUCGACACGCUCAACGCCAAGUGGAAACUGUACCACAAGGCGAUAUUCCGCAGCGAAUUCAUGGCGUCGUUCCUGUCGGUGCUACUGGCGGGGCUGGCGGAGGGCGGAGCGCGCGCGCUGCUGCGCGACGAGGCGCUCGCUGCCGUGCACGCCAUGGCCGCCGUCGACUUCGCCGCCUUCCGCCACGCCUUCCUGCCGCACUUCCUGCGCUCGCUGCCCGGCGUCGACCCGGCGCGCUUCGCCGACUUUCCGCCCGACACGGAUUUACCAACAUUCACUCAAAAUAUCCAGCGACUGAUGAACGACGUCAACUGUUACCGGGCAUAUCAAUCCCUCACGUGCAAUGAAAUGGGUAUUUCGUAAACCGUGCUCAAUCAACAUUAUUUUGGUGCUGUGAUACAGACCUUGAACAUUAGGCCGUUGGUACUUUAUAAAAUAGUGUAAAUAAAAAUAUCAUAUUCAUUGCAUAAUCGUAUUAUGUAUGAUGUAGCAUGAAUGGAAUCAUUUACAUUUUUGUGACGGCAUUUCAUACUUUAUUGUUAAUAAAAAAAAAUUUGGUGCAUUUACAGCUUAAAGAAUUAUGGAUUGCUAUAGUUUGUAAUAACUGUAAGGUCAUGUUUAUUUUAAGUCUGAUAAAAGACGAAUUUAUAGUUCAAAAAUAUAAUAAUUUUGUUAUUU